AAUAUGUUUUCCUUUACUGUUGUACUAGUUUGAUCUUGAUCGAAAUCUAGAUCAUUCAUUCUUCACAUUUUUGAGCUGAAAACUUUGACCAAGUUCUAAAUUCUUACUAUAUAUAGCAUAUAGCAGAACAUGUCCAUCAAUUACAGCAACAAUGGCUUCUUCUAGUUCCCUUUUCACCUUAUUCUUAUUCUCAUUCUCGUUCUUCACCAUCAUAGCUCACGCUAUUGUUCCUCAGAACGAGACCUUCAAAUUUGUGAACUCGGGUGAACUUGGACCCUUCAUUGUUGAGUAUGGUGCUGAUUACCGCAUGAUAAGCAUCUUCAACUCACCUUUCCAAGUAGGUUUCUACAACACCACCCCAAAUGCCUUCACUUUGGCUUUGCGUGUAGGACUCCAACGCUCGGAGCAGCUAUUUCGUUGGGUUUGGGAGGCCAAUAGAGGCACCCCAGUUGGAGAAAAUGCCACUUUUUCACUUGGCACUGAUGGCAACCUUGUCUUGGCUGAUGCAGAUGGUAGAAUUGCAUGGCAAACCAACACUUCCAACAAGGGUGUUGUGGCCUUCAGGUUGCUUCCAAAUGGCAACAUGGUCCUACUUGAUGCACAAGGUAAGUUCGUUUGGCAGAGUUUUGACCAUCCAACGGAUACCCUUUUGGUUGGUCAGUAUCUUAGAGCAAAAGGGCCUAACAAGUUGGUUAGUAGGCUUUCUGAAGAAAAUCUAGAUGGCCCUUAUAGUUUGGUUUUGGAGCCUAAAGGGUUGGCUUUGUACUACAAGAGCAAGAACUCUCCUAGGCCAAUUCUCUAUUGGUUUUCAUCUGAUUGGUUCUCCAUUCCACAAGGCUCGUUGGAAAAUGUGACCCUCACAUCUGACUCAGAGACUUUUGAAAUUGGAUUUGAUUACCAUGUGGCCAACUCUUCCAUCUCUAGUGGGAAUAGAAUCAUUGGCAGGCCAGUGAACAACAGCACCAUAACAUACCUUAGGCUUGGCAUUGAUGGCAACAUUAGGAUGCACACUUAUUUUCUUGAUGUGCGUGAUGGUGUGUGGCAAGUGACCUACACUUUAUUUGAUAGAGACUCUGAUGAGAGUGAGUGCCAAUUGCCUGAGAGGUGUGGGAAAUUUGGGUUGUGUGAGGAUAACCAAUGUGUGGCUUGUCCUUUGGAAAAUGGACUAUUUGGGUGGAGCAACAAUUGCACUUCCAAGGCUGUGACAUCAUGCAAGGCUAGUGAGUUCCACUACUACAAAGUUGAAGGUGUUGACCAUUACAUGAGCAAAUACACCACAGGGGAUAGAGUGAGUGAGAGUAAUUGUGGAAACAAAUGUACCAAGGAUUGCAAGUGUGUGGGGUACUUCUACCAUAGAGAGAACUCAAGGUGUUGGAUAGCUUAUGAUCUGCAAACACUUACUAGAGUGGCUAAUUCCUCACAUGUGGGGUAUAUUAAGGUGCCUAAUUAGUAUAUAGAAAAGGCUUGGUAUUGCAGAUUAUAUGCAGUUACUUCAAUUAAUUCUAAAUAGUGGUUUAAGAUUGAAAUAAAGUGAUGGUUAUUUCUGUCCUGUCCUGUGUGUAGAGGACAUGGAUGUAAAAUAAACCAAGUUUGCAAUAAAUUUAUGAUUGGUUUGGGCUAAAGUACAAUUCUUGUUUUUCUCUUCCA